UUGAGACGCUCGCUGUUUGUAUCCAUUGAGGAGCUGCCUCGCGCAGGGGGUGUGCGAGGCUGAGUCCAAGGGAUAGUGAGCAAAUCGAGUCUUAAAUAAUCCGGGGAGAAAGACGCCCGGGUAGAUUGAGGUGCAGCCUUAGAGGGAGGGAUUAGGAGCCGCUAGACUUUUUUUCCUCCCUUCUCAGUAGCACGGAGUCCGAAUUAAUUGGAUUUCAUUCACUGGGGAGGAACAAAAACUGUCUGGGCAGCUUCAUUGAGAGAGAUUCAUUGACACUAACAGCCAGCGGCUGCAGCUGGGUGCAGAGAGAACCUCCGGCUUUACUUCUGUCUCGUCUGCCCCAACCGCUAGCCUCGGCUUGGGUAAGGCGAGGCGGAAUUAAACCCCGCUCCGAGAGCGGCAGCUUCGCGCGCGGUGCGCUCGGCCUAUGCCUGCCCCGAGGGGCGUCUGGUAGGCACCCCGCCCUCUCCCGCAGCUCGACCCCCAUGAUAGAUACGCUCAGACCCGUGCCCUUCGCGUCGGAAAUGGCGAUCAGCAAGACAGUGGCGUGGCUCAACGAGCAGCUGGAGCUGGGCAACGAGCGGCUGCUGCUGAUGGACUGCCGGCCGCAGGAGCUAUACGAGUCGUCGCACAUCGAGUCGGCCAUCAACGUGGCCAUCCCGGGCAUCAUGCUGCGGCGCCUGCAGAAGGGCAACCUGCCGGUGCGCGCGCUCUUCACGCGCGGCGAGGACCGGGACCGCUUCACCCGGCGCUGUGGCACCGACACGGUGGUGCUCUACGACGAGAGCAGCAGCGACUGGAACGAGAAUACGGGCGGCGAGUCGGUGCUUGGGCUGCUGCUCAAGAAGCUCAAGGACGAGGGCUGCCGGGCGUUCUACCUGGAAGGUGGCUUCAGUAAGUUCCAAGCCGAGUUCGCCCUGCAUUGCGAGACCAAUCUAGACGGCUCGUGUAGCAGCAGCUCGCCGCCGUUGCCAGUGCUGGGGCUCGGGGGCCUGCGGAUCAGCUCUGACUCUUCCUCGGACAUCGAGUCUGACCUUGACCGAGACCCCAAUAGUGCAACAGAUUCGGAUGGCAGUCCGCUGUCCAACAGCCAGCCUUCCUUCCCAGUGGAGAUCUUGCCUUUCCUCUACUUGGGCUGUGCCAAAGACUCCACCAACUUGGACGUGUUGGAGGAAUUCGGCAUCAAGUACAUCUUGAACGUCACCCCCAAUUUGCCGAAUCUCUUUGAGAACGCAGGAGAGUUUAAAUACAAGCAAAUCCCCAUCUCGGAUCACUGGAGCCAAAACCUGUCCCAGUUUUUCCCUGAGGCCAUUUCUUUCAUAGAUGAAGCCCGGGGCAAGAACUGUGGUGUCUUGGUACAUUGCUUGGCUGGCAUUAGCCGCUCAGUCACUGUGACCGUGGCUUACCUUAUGCAGAAGCUCAAUCUGUCGAUGAACGAUGCCUAUGACAUUGUCAAAAUGAAAAAAUCCAACAUAUCCCCUAACUUCAACUUCAUGGGUCAGCUGCUGGACUUCGAGAGGACGCUGGGACUCAGCAGCCCGUGUGACAACCGGGUUCCAGCACAGCAGCUGUAUUUUACCACCCCUUCCAACCAGAAUGUCUACCAGGUGGACUCUCUGCAAUCUACGUGAAAGACCCCACACCCCUCCUUGCUGGAAUGUGUCUGGCCCUUCAGCAGUUUCUCUUGGCAGCAUCAGCUGGGCUGCUUUCUUUGUGUGGGGCCCCAGGUGUCAAAAUGACACCAGCUGUCUGUACUAGACAAGGUUACCAAGUGCGGAAUUGGUUAAUACUAACAGAGAGAUUUGCUCCAUUCUCUUUGGAAUAACAGGACAUGCUGUAUAGAUACAGGCAGUAGGUUUGCUCUGUACCCAUGUGUACAGCCUACCCAUGCAGGGACUGGGAUUCGAGGACUUCCAGGCACAUAGGGUAGGACCAAAUGAUAGGGUAGGAGCAUGUGUUCUUUAGGGCCUUGUAAGGCUGUUUCCUUUUGCAUCUGGAACUGACUAUAUAAUUGUCUUCAAUGAAGACUAAUUCAAUUUUGCAUAUAGAGGAGCCAAAGAGAGAUUUCAGCUCUGUAUUUGUGGUAUCAGUUUGGAAAAAAAAAUCUGAUACUCCAUUUGAUUAUUGUAAAUAUUUGAUCUUGACUCACUUGACAGUGUUUGUUUGAAUUGUGUUUGUUUUUUCCUUUGAUUGGGUUUAAAAGAAAUUAUCCAAAGGGAGAAAGAGCAGUAUGCCACUUCUUAAAACAGAACAAAACAAAAAAAGAAAAUUAUGCUCUUUUCUAAUCCAAAGGGUAUAUUUGCAGCAUGCUUGACUUUACCAAUUCUGAUGACAUCUUUAUGGACACUAUUAUCACUAAGACCUUGUUAUGGUGAAGUCUUUAGUCUUUUUCAUGUAUCUUCCUCAUGAUUUUUUCUCUUUAUGUAGUUUGACUAUGCCUUACCUUUGUAAAUAUUUUUGCUUGUGUUGUCGCAAAGGGGAUAAUCUUGGAAAGACACCAAAUCAUGGGCUCACUUUAAAAAAAGAAAAAAAUAAAAAAACCUUCAGCUGUGCUAAACAGUAUAUUACCUCUGUAUAAAAUUCUUCAGGGAGUGUCACCUCAAAUGCAAUACUUUGGGUUGGUUUCUUUCCUUUAAAAAAAUUUGUAUAAAACUGGAAGUGUGUGUGUGAGCAUGGGUACCCAUUUGAUAGGAGAAAUGCAUUUGAUUGUGAAGAAGGGAGAGUUAAAUUGCUCCAAUAUGUUCGUGGUGUAAAGUUUUGAGCUGGAAUUUAUUAUAAGAAUGUAAAACCUUAAAUUAUUAAUAAAUAACUAUUUUGGCUAUUGAA